AUAAGUACCAGAACACUGACUGUAUUGAUAUAUUCAUAUACUUCCAAGAGGUGAAGGAUACUGCGCGCACUCGUUUAACCAUAUUCACCGCACUUUACAUGCAUACAAUCACUGCUUCUGUAACCUUGUGCUCGCUUUGAGUGUAAAGUAUUAGUAGUAACAACGCUCGUUUAAAACUGUUAACUAAUCGUCGACGAUCGACUCGGUUUAAGCUUCGAACACUUAAUAUCUAUCGAUUCUUCUUUCGUUUCUUGUGCGGUCGCUGACUUGACGAAAAAUAUAGACAAUCGUAAUAAUUUGCCGUUUGUUCAGCAACUAGUCCAAAUAUUUUACACGCUUCUAAUUGUUUCAAUAAUAGUUCAACGAUGCCGUCCGUUGUUAAAUCUUUUUUGCCUUUGAACACUCGAGGAGGAAAUAGCCAAAUGCCAGUUGUUGGAUUUGGUACUUACACAAUUUCUGACCGAAAAAUAAUUCUGAAUGUCUUGGAUGUAGCUCUAGGUGCUGGUUAUCGUUUGAUUGACACAGCAGCAGUAUAUAAUAAUGAAGAAUACAUUAGAGAAGCACUGAAAGUUCUGUUACCAAAGUAUCACUUGAAGCGUGAAGAUUUGUUUAUUACAUCAAAAUUAGCACCUCGUGACCAUGGAGAUGAAAAAACUGUCACAGCUGCUGUUCAGAGGUCAUUAGAUAAUUUAGGUACCAGUUAUCUAGAUUUAUAUUUAAUACAUUGGCCAGGAGCUGGUCGUAUUGAUGCAAAAAGUCCAGAGAAUUCUAAAUUUCGCAAUUUAACAUGGAAAGCUCUUAUGAAAUUACAUGAUAACGGCAAUGGGCCACUAAAAAAUAUUGGAGUAUCUAACUAUACAGUAAAACAUUUAAAAGAAAUACUUGAUGAUCCAACUAAUAUUAUUCCUGCUGUUAAUCAGGUUGAAUUCCAUCCUUAUUUUCAACAAUCAUCAGAUUUUCAUCGACUGUGCAAGAAUUCCAAAAUUGUGCUACAGGCUUAUAGUUCAAUGGGUGGAUCUGCUGGAAAAAAAUCAUUACUUAAUGAUCAAAUAAUUAAUCGUAUUGCUCAAAAACAUUCAAUAAGUUCAGCUCAAGUGUUGUUGAGAUGGGCUAUUCAAAGAAAUUAUGCUAUCAUUCCUAAAUCAAUUACUGCAGAAAGAAUAAAAAUAAAUUUUGAUUUAGACACAGAACUUACUGAGGAAGAUAUGAAUGAUAUAAACAAUAUUAAACACAAAGAAAAAUUUGCGUGGGAACCAGAAGUAAUAGCUUGAAAAUAUUACUUUUUCAUUUUUUAUAUUGAUUGCAUAACUUUAUGUUUGCAUAAUAUAUAUUUUAUUUAAAUAGUUGUAAAAAAAGCAUGAUAAUCAUAAUUUAAUUAUAGGCAAUAAAUAAAUGUUUGGAUAAUUUUGUUAACUAGUAUAAGCCAGAUUAAACAUUAAAAUUAUAUUUUUACCUAUUCAGUUACAAUCUAUGUAUGAGCUUUUAGUCAAAUUAAUGUUACCCAUUUUAUUGUUUGUAUUCUUAGAUAAUUUUUAAUAAUUACAUUGUUUUUCUAUGUAA